UCUUGUACUUACUAUAAGAGUAAGGACAACGUGUUCCUCUCUGCAGUCGUUAUUCGCAUCACGUAGAAUAUUGUUCUAAUAUCAAACGUUGAGAUCGUUUAAUGGAACGGUAGUAUAGUAUAAUAAAUUUAUCAUUGGUAAAAAGUAUAUAACCAUGGUCGCCGAUAAAUCGAUAAUCAAUGCUUCCGAUUUCAUUAUAAAGGAUAAUAUAUUGAAAGGCAAAGAUGAACCUUUAUCCACGGAAUAUACGAACGUCGGAAAAUUACUCUUGGAUAAAAUCAAGGCCAGACCCGACUUUGUUGGUCAGUUGGACAUUAUCACCGAAAAGACGUAUACCUUUGCGGAAAUGUUUGACCGUAUUGUAAAAUGUGCGCUUUGGUUGCGUCAACAAAGAAUCAAAGCUAAUGACGUGGUCGCCGUAUGCGCUCCCAAUAUUAUGGAUAGUUUUGCACCAUUCUUCGCUACCUUCUGCGUGGGAGCAAUCUUUACUCCCUGGAACCCCGCAAUGGAUAUACGUGAGGCACGUUACUUCAUGAAAUUAUCCGGUGCAAAAAUUGUUUUCGCGGACGAAAAUUCGGUAAGGACGAUAUUAGAAGCGGCAAAACUCGAUAAUAACAAUAUCAAGAUCGUCGUCUUUGGUAAAGCCUCGAAUGUAUUGUCUUUCUCGAAAGUACUCGAAGAACAUAGCAAGUCCGAAGUGGAGAAUUUUGAAUGUACACAAAUCGAUAAUAUUCACGAUACAGCGGCACUUCUUUAUUCAUCCGGCACAACUGGUCUUCCUAAAGGAGUUACAAUCUCGCAUUUCGCUCUUUUGUGUAAUUUAAUCAUGAGUAAUAAUUUCGGUACAAAUGGAAUUCCAUUUUGGGUAUCGUCAUACUUUUGGAUCAGUGGAGUUUUAUUAACCUUGAGUUGUACAGUUAAUUAUUGUCAGAGAUUACUUUAUUCUAAAUUCGAAGAGGAGAUGACGUGUAAAAUUAUAGAAAAAUAUAAGGUUACAUGGCUGUUUUUGUCACCUAGCAUGAUAAAUAGAUUAUUGAAAACGGAAUAUUUGAAAAAGUACGAUGUGUCCAGUAUUAAAAAAGUAUGUGUUGGUGGGGCUAUAUUUACCGCAGAAAGUCAAAUUAAGCUCCAAGAAUGCUUGUCAAAUGGCGAUGUCAUACAAAUGUACGGAAUGACCGAACUUUGUGGCAUUGUAACGAGUCAAAAGCCGAAUCACAAAGCAGGUACCAUUGGAACGGUAACAGAUAACGCACAAAUCAAGAUUAUCGACAUAGCGACAGGAAAUGCAUUAGGACCAAACAAGACAGGUGAACUUUUGGCAAAAUCAAUAAAGAUGACUAAGGGUUAUUACAAUAAUCCACAGGCAACCAAGGAUACGAUCGAUGCUGAUGGAUGGUUGCAUACCGGUGAUCUCGCGUAUUACGACGAGAACGGCGAACUUUUCAUUAUCGACAGACUGAAGGAGACAUUGAAGUACAGAGGUUUUCAAAUCUCACCGUCCGAAAUUGAGACUCUUUUGCAAUCUCAUCCCGAUGUUGUUGAGGUUGUUGUUGUUGGUGUUCCUCAUCUUCAGGACGAUGAGCAUCCCGUCGCUUUUAUUACCAAAGUUCCUGGUUCGAAGGUAUCCGAACAAGAGUUUCAAAAACUUGUGGCAAAUAAUAUGACGGAUUCCUAUCAUUUACGAGGAGGUGUGAAAUUUUUAGAAAAAAUGCCGUACACACCUUCCGGAAAAAUAGCCAGGAAAGAUCUUAAAGUAAUGGCUAAAAGUUACCAGGCCAAAUGAAUGUUGAAAUAUUUUCUUUAAUAGGAAGUUGAAAAUUUUCUAUUUUAUAAGUAAUAAUGAUAAUAAUAAAGAUAAAUGAAUUCUUGUAAGAUAUUAAUUAUUGUAGGUUUGUUAUUUUGGAAACAUAAAGAGAAAAAAUGCAAUUUGUUGUUACGUAAUCUCUUAUCUUAUCACCGUUGCAUAUCGAUACGGACAGUUAAAGAACAAAUAGUAUUUAUAAGGAUAUGCACGAUAAACGAUAAUUCGUAAUAAUAAUAAGCAAACAGUGAUACGAUACGAGGAUAUGCAACAAAUAGAUACGCAUUUAAAGACUAGUAACGUUAUGUAAGUUAUUACUACUGUAGCCAUCUACUUAUGUAGUAAUAUUGUCCUCGGUGGCACCUAAACAACAGGUGAAAAUAAAGUUUCGAAAAGAUGAAUCAUGGCAUUUUGGACAGGUGUCCACUAGUUAGCCAGCCUUAUCUGUGCUUGGUAACUUACUCAUCGCAUGUUCCUCGCUUUACGAUUUCAUUCACUAGACCGCAAAAGAGAAUUUCCUGCCAAUUCAUCUUUAUCUCAACGUCAUGAUUAAUAAGAGAGAAUAUAUAUGUAUUUUUAUAUCUGGCUCCAUGCCGUUUAGGAUACAGAGUCUGCUCGUUGGCUUUACGAGCAUGAUGACGAAUUCUCGAGGAGACCUGGAACGAAAUGUACUCUUUAGUCAUAGAGAUGCCAUCUAACAUGAAAACUCCGAACUAUAUUAUAAUUUGCUUGAUUUAAUCGAUAAAAAGGAUUGUAUAUUACCAUCUUUUCUCUUAAUAUUAUGGGACCGUUAGUUAAUUAUCUUUCACUCAAAGCGUAUUUAGUAACUUCAGCGACAAAAUAUGAAUUACAAGCGCAACCAAGAAACCAUGCAUCUAUCGUAUCUAAUGUAUAAGCUUGUGUUGCUUAUAUAAUAAAUGGUUUAGUGUAGAUA